CACCAAUCCCUUCCUUAUUUUUCUCUCUCCUGUUUAUAUAAAUUGCAUGUUACACCGCCCUAUUCCACCAUUGACAGAGAUGACAUCGAAACCCCUUCACCAGAGCCUAAUCAACAUCAACACUGAAGGAACGACCUUCCCAACCAUCUUUCCCCUCUAACUGGGCCCAACCAACCAAUGGCCUCUCUCCUUCCUCAACCCCAAGAAACCAAACCCACCGCCACCACCGCCACAGAAACCACUCCCAGCGAAACAUCUAUCACUGCUAGUGCCAACAAAAGCAGCAGCAGCAACAACAACAAUAGUAGUAGCAAUAGUCGUAAGUGCAAAGGUAAAGGUGGCCCCGACAACAACAAAUUUAGGUACCGCGGCGUCAGACAACGAAGCUGGGGCAAAUGGGUCGCCGAGAUCCGCGAGCCACGUAAGCGUACGCGCAAGUGGCUCGGAACAUUUGCCACCGCCGAGGACGCCGCCAGAGCUUACGACCGCGCCGCCAUCAUCCUCUACGGUUCGAGAGCACAGCUCAACCUACAACCCUCCGGUUCCUCUUCUCAAUCUUCCUCUUCUCGCUCCUCUUCCUCUUCCACUCAAACCCUAAGACCCUUGCUUCCUCGCCCUUCUGGUUUUACUUUCAAUUUUCCCUUCAACUCCGCCCCCGCCACCACCGUGCCUUACCCUUAUAACAAUAGUCACAAUUACACUUACACCCCACCCGUGUUGUACCCUAUUGAUAAUAGUAAGAAUCACAAUAUUAAUACAGUGCAAGUUCAUCAUCCACAUCACUAUCGUUGUCCUGAGGAAGUGGUGCAAGUGCCACAUUCGGAAUCUGAUUUGGGGGGUUUAGGUGGGAAUAAUAAUAUUGUUGUUGAUGGUUCUAUUAGAUCAACCUCGUACCAGCGGCAUGGUUUUCUGGAUAAUAUUAAUAAUAACAAUAACCAUGUGCAUGUGCAAGUGCAACAUGGGGUUUUUUCGAAUCAACAGCAGCAACAUCAGAAUAGCGUGGUGGAGGGAGUGAAUUCCUCCGUCGUGGGUUCGGUUUCGUCUUCCAUGGAUGCUUCUUCGGUGGAUCCGGAUCUGGCGUUGGUGGGGACAAUGGGGCUUGGAUCUUCUUCGCCUUUUUGGUCCAUGGCGAACGAGGAUGAUUACACUGGUAGUUUGUGGGAUUAUAAUGAUCCUUUCUUCUUUGAUCUUUAGAGAAAUUUGAGUAUAAAAUUGCUUGGUUAAUUAGCAAUUAUAACAUGUUUAUUGUUCAAGUUAAUUAUCGUUCGAUUGGUUUGAACUUAGUAUUAGUACAUCGUGAUGGAAGAGGAUCACAGAUAGAUUAAUGGAUACUGUUGUGAAUAAAGUGUUGGGUAGACUACGACGCUGCUGAAAGAUUAGUGCUUGUUAGUAUUAAUUGUUAAUUGUGGAUAAUGAGCUUGAUAGAAUUAAAUAAAAAUAUUUUUGAUGGCUGAGAUUUAGUUCAGUUGAAA